GUUAAGACAAGUUGUGUGCCCGUGUGUGAGAGGACUGACUUCCGGUCCAGCAGGGGGCGAUGUGUUGUUCCUGGACGUUGUUCCUAAUCAGAAGAAGACGCUUCAACAAUAACUGUGAUGUGUGUGAGUGUGUGUCCGCCAUUUGCUCUCGGUCACUUCUUUUCUUCUCGUUUCUUCCGUGAGAUUCAUUAAAUCCCGGUUCACCCGCGGACUCACCGGAGCGCGAGGCACGGGCCCGGUAACCGGUGAUGGCGGCCGACCGGCGCGAGGACAAAGACGGAGAACUCAGUGUUCUAGAAGAUCUUCUGACGGAGGCUCCAGAUCAAGACGACGAGUUGUACAAUCCAGAGAGUGAGAGAGACGUCAGCGACAAAAAAGGAACGAAGAGGAAAAGUGAGCGCUCUGACAGCCAUGACCUGAAGAGGCUCCGCCCAUCAUCAGACCACGCCCCCUCAAGAUCUUCCAACAAUAAGAGAGCCCCAGGCCCACCUCUGUCCUCUAAGAAGACAGCGUCAAGCCCCCGCGGCAGACACGCCACCGCCCCGGCCACCAGCUACCGUCAGGAAUACUACGACGAGAGAAAGAGUCGGAGAGUUGCCCGGGAGGCGAGCAGGAGCCGAGGAGACGAUGCUCGCCGCAGAGAGGCCCAGAGAGGCCUGGAGGCCCUGAGCCAGUUGCGGCGUGAAAAUCCACACCCGAGCCCCGCCCCCCACGAGGACGACAACCAAUCAGAGGAGGGUGCAGCAGAAGAGUAUGGCUCGGAGCAGGGGUCGGGAAGCUCCUCCCCCGCCGGCUCCCAGGUAGAGGAGGAGGAAGAGGAGGAUCAGGAGGAGGACGAGGAGGAAGAGGAGGGCAUGGAGGAAGAGGAGGAGGAGGAAGGAGAAAAAGAGGAGGAAGAUGAAGAGGAGGAGUACGAGCGACGCGGCGGCGGUGAAGGAAACGACUACGACACUCGGAGUGAGGCCGGCGACUCGCGCUCCGCCUCCUCCGUCAGUUUCUCUGACGACGGUGAAUCGGCUCGCUCGGGCUCGGCUUCCGAGGUCUCAGGUUCAGAGAAGAAGCAGGAGAAGUUGUCAUCGUCCGUCCGAGCUGUUCGCAAGGGCAUGGAGAAUCCGACCAAUAAGCUGCGCUAUAUCCUGCGGGACGCUCGCUACUUCCUCAUCAAGAGCAACAACCAUGAAAACGUCUCGCUGGCUAAAGCUAAGGGUGUCUGGUCCACGCUGCCAGUGAACGAGAAGAAGUUGAACGCAGCGGUCCGCUCAGCGCGGAGCGUCGUCCUUGUCUUCUCUGUGAGGGAGAGCGGCAAGUUCCAAGGUUUCGCUCGUUUGGCGUCGGAGUCUCAUCACGGCGGUUCUCCGAUCCACUGGGUUCUUCCUGCCGGCAUGAAUGCCAAGAUGCUGGGUGGAGUCUUCAAGAUUGACUGGCUCUGCAGGAGGGAGCUCCCCUUCACAAAGACGUCUCACCUGUCAAACCCGUGGAACGAACACAAGCCGGUGAAGAUAGGACGUGACGGACAGGAGAUCCAACCGGACGUCGGUGCUCAGCUCUGCGCCCUGUUCCCAUUGGACGAGAGCGUGGAUGUCCACCAAGUAGCUCGGCACGUUCGUCACAAACGUCGGACGCCUUCGGAGCCGCGGCCUCGAGGCCGACCGCCACAACGCGAACCGGGAAGGCGUCGACCUGAAGAGUUCGACCUCCAUGGCAGGAAGCGGCCGCGAGCCGACGGUCCGCCCGACUUCAACCAACGAGCAGGGUUCAUCCAGGACCUUCGUAACCAGCCGGUGGACAGACGUUUUUCCAGCGUGAGGAGAGACGUGUUUCUGAACGGAACGUACAAUGACUACAUGAGGGAUUACCACCACAGCGUCGGGCCACCUGGUCCCUGGCAGACUCUGGCGCCGUACCCCGGUGUUGAGCAGCCGCCCCCCCAUCAUCCCCCCUACUACCACCACGGCCACCCUCCCCCGCCCCCUCACCAGGCCUACCACCACCACCAUCCGCCGCUGCCCCAACACGAGGCUCCGCCCCCUCGCUUCAGAGACAAGCAGAGAGCGCCGCAGCACCGCGCCUUCGCCCCCAGCCCGCACGACUAUGACAUGCGUGUGGAUGACUUCCUGCGGCGGACGCAGGCGGUGGUUAGCAGCCGGCGGGAGCGCGAGCGGCAGCGGGAGCGCGAGCGCGGCGGACCACGGCGUGAGAGAGAGAGGGAGCGAGCGAGGGACCGAGACAGAGAGAGAGAGAGGGACAAAGAGAGGGGGCGAUACCGCAGGUGAUCUUAUGAUGUCACUUCCUGUCAGUGUGACAGUCUGCAGAUGUUUUGACUGGUUUUCUGUUUUUGUUAAAAAUUAUGAAUAAAAAGUGAGCGACUUGAUGACAUCACUUUUACCUGAAUACAUUUUUUUAACUGUAAAAGUUUUUUGGUUGGAACUCAUAUUUUGACGAUCCUGUGACACUUCCUGUCAUACAUGUCAUGUCACAUGUUUCUGCUUCACACAUUUAAAACACAAUGUUUUUAUCACUUGUUUUAUCGUGAAAGGCUGGACAGGAUUUCCUGCAGAGGAAGUUUAGUUUGACGUCACUUUGAUUCUUCAGUUUUAUUUUAAAAGCGUAUUUGUUUAGUUUUAUGUUUAUUAAUCAGGUUCUUUUCCAGCUCGUGAUCGACACCUGCUGUAGAUCAACUUAAAAUCAAUGUUUAUUGAUCAGUGACUAAACUGAUCGAUGUUCAGUCUCUGUAUUGACGAAUAUUUGAAGAUGAAAACUUACUUUGUUUCCUGUUUGUGAAUGGAGGAGGCGGAGCUUAUGCUUGUUUUUGUACAAAAUAAAAGCCUGAACUCGA